UUCUCUUUUUCUCUCUCUUCACUCUCUCAGAGCCCUCAGAAUUUUCUUUUCCCACUUGAACAAGUUUCCUUCUCCCCAAACAGCCUUCACGACCACCCCUUUUGAUUCUCUUUCUCUUUAGAAUGGAGGACUGUAACGAUAAUGGGAAGCGAGUUCGGGAUGACUCGCCCGAGUCCGAGACUCACCUGGUUGACUCUCCCGAGUCCAAGACUCGCCGGGUCGACUCGGUAUCUGACUCGGGUGUUAACUCGUCUGUCUCUCAACUCACCCGGGUUGACUCGGGGGAAUCGGGUCGUGACUCGUCCCUUGACUCGGCCUGUGUUACCGAGGUGAAUCUAGAAGAUGACCUUCUUAACAUACUCGAUGAUGCAGCAGAUAGCAUGCCCGAGCGAAACCCGGCGAUUCAGGGUCUGGACUCAGUGAUUAAGAGCUUCGAGGAGGAAAUACUCGCAUCGGGUUCGGACUCGGGUCUAGUGGACCCGGAUCCGACAAUGGUGCAAAUGGAUCCGACCCUGGUGCCCGAUUCCGGCGAGUUACAGCAGAACCUCGGUUAUCUUUUCGAAGCUUCCGACGACGAACUUGGGUUGCCGCCGACGGCGAUGCCAGGAGAGAAGGGAAUGCCGGAGGACGAGGAACCGGGUCGGGUUGGCCCGGAAGGGGUGGACUUGACCGGGUUCUUGGGGUUUGAAGACGAUUUUCCAAACUACGAUGCGUUCGGGUUUGGGGGCGGGUUGCUGGAGGAGUGCGACGGCGACAACGGCGGUGCUGGAGGUUUGGUGAUGGCGGAUGGGUUAUUCGAUUAUUCGGAACCGGCGGCGGAUAGUUUGUGGCGGUCGGAGUCAUUGCAGGCUAUGUAGGAGGUGGUGGUGGUGGUGGCGCGUUUCGGCGCGUGAGAUUUUGUGGUAGUGUUGGGUAAAUGUUUUGUAGGUGGUGGAAAAUGUAAAUCUAAGAAAAAUUGGGUUAAUAUAUUAAAAAAAACAGGGGCAGGACAGAAAAGUAGAUGGUAGAUGUGAAAAGUUUUAGGGUUAGGAUUUGUUUGUUUAUUUUGGUAAAAUGAUGAAUUCAAUUGUGAAACAAAAUGGACUCCAUAUGUGCCGUUUUCAUUUUGUUUUGUUGCUUCAUUUUCUGGCAUUGAUGUUUCAUUGCAUAUUAAUGAUGCUUCCGUUGAUAUUGUUACAUGAUGUAAGUAAAGUUUUU